GGCGUUUGCAGGAGUAGUACCAACGGGGAGUGGCCAGCCAGCUGCCCAAAACAACAGCAGAAGAACUCUAGGCAACUGGCAAGUUGAAUGUCAGGGGGCCUGGUGCUCUCUACUAAGUAAUUUCUCCUGUGGCUGCUGCAAAGGAGAACCAGAUGUCAUAAACCAAGAUUGAAGCCUCCCACAUUUUGAGGGAUUUAAUACCUGUACAACCAAUCAGCCAUGGGAGUCUGUCCUGCUGUGUCCAGGUACUUCCGGAGGUGGAAGUAUAUGAUACUGUUGCUGCUCUCUGUCUCUGUUUUGGCUUGGAUCGCCACUUUUGUCGGCGAAACAGUGAAAGCAAUUCAGGAUACACAUAGGUCAGCACAGACACUUGAGGAUAACGCUGAGGUCCUGAGGGGGGGCAUACAAUACUCAUGGAAAACAGUGACGCAAGUCUUCUCCAAUCCUCUCCCUGACACCCCACCACCAAAAGAAAGCUGUCCUGAGAAAUCACCACUGCUUCGUGGAGCCCUGAAGCUGACAUUCGAGGACUCUCUAACGCUGAAGGAGGUGGAGAGUGAGAACAGUGGAGUGGCUGAGGGCCAAUACCAGCCUCCAGACUGCCUCGCCCAGCAGAGUGUGGCCAUCCUCAUCCCUCACCGUAACCGGGAGAAACACCUCCUCUACCUCCUGCAUCACCUGCACCCCUUUCUUCAGAGGCAGCAGCUGCACUACGGCAUCUACGUCAUCCACCAGGCUGGAGAGGUGACGUUUAAUCGUGCCAAGCUACUUAAUGUGGGGUACUUGGAGGCACUCAAGGACUACGAUUGGGAUUGCUUUGUUUUUCAUGACGUGGAUCUGGUUCCAGAGAACGACUACAACCUAUACAAGUGUGACCAACAGCCCAAACACUUAGUGGUCGGCAGGAACGCUACAGGAUACAAAUUGCGAUACAAAGGGUACUUUGGAGGGGUGACGGCCAUGACGAAGGACCAGUUUCACAAAGUGAACGGAUUUUCAAACACUUACUGGGGAUGGGGUGGGGAGGAUGAUGACCUUCGCAUCAGGGUGGAGCUCCAGAAAAUGAAGAUUAUACGGCCACCCCCUCUUAUAGCACGCUAUACCAUGGUAUUUCAUAAAAGAGAUAGCGGCAACGAAAUUAAUAAAGACCGGAUGCUCUUGUUAGGACGGACACCUCAAGUCUGGAGAACGGAUGGCCUUAACACCUGCUCCUACAGUACUCUCUCAGUUGAGAGGCCACCUCUGUACAUUAAUGUCACAGUGGACAUUGGCAAACCACUGCACUGAGGCUUCAGAGCAUCUGUCUUGAUUUACUGCAUUGAAUACAGUAAUGGUGCUCUGGUAUGUCCAUGCCUACAUGUUAUGUACCUGCCCUAACAAACAGUGGCAGUAGCUGGUAAGCAAAAGUUUUCACUGUAAACCAUUCCAAGCAGGGCACUUAAUAUUGCCAGGUCCUAAUAACGUAAAGUCUGGAAGCCCUUCAGUCAAAACUGGUGAGUAGUUUCUAGGGGUGAGAAUAAAACCACAAUUAAAUUUUGCUCUGCGUUAGAGGUUUGCUGUGACUUGAUUGUUUCAACAAGUAUUUGCAUUCUAAUAGAGCAUGUUGUCAUUUUUUUUUUUUAUAAAGAAUCCUGGAUUUGGUAAUUUCUUAGUCUCUGGUUGUCAAAUAAAAAUGGGAACCAAGAAUUGUUCUCAAAUCACUCCUACAUGAAUUGAUGAAUGUAGAAGGUAAGAUGGGGAAACAAGGGACAACAUAGGACGCAAGGAUCACGUUUUCAUAUAUGAAUCAUUCUCACAUUUGUGAAAGUAUGCUACAUGGAAAUUAAUUGUAGUUUUUAUGCAAUUUUAUUACAACAGACAACAGCAAUAUCACAGUGUAGAUGGCUUCAUUUUCUAGACAUCACAAGUUUUAUAUUUUGAAUAUGCUGCUACAAGAUUUGUGAAGUAACUCAAAAACACAAAUUUAGUCAAAUGUCUAAUAUUGUAAAAUACUUUGCUUCUGUUGCCUUAAUUCGUCCAGUUGUAAAAGUACCAGAGGUCCAUUCCUUUUUUUUCUUAUUGCUGAGCUAUACAGUUCCGGUCAAAUAUAUUGCCACCCUUACAUGAUUCACUAUUUAUUCUCAAAUAAGUUGAAAUAAACCAAAACAUGUGUUCUUCACUUGUGUAUUUGUAGGUUUUACAACUGCACAGACCCCCCUCCCUCCCCAAAACAACUGAAAUUUAGAUUUUUCACAUCGAAGUCAAAUGGCCUGCAAUAACUUAUUCAACAUUCUAAAUAAUUUGGUUGGAGGCAAGUUCUCGUUUACUGUGUCAUUUCUCACCUGUGGGAAGUUGCAGGUGCCUACAUGGUAAAAAUAUCAAUCCAACCAGUUAAAAAAAAAAAAAAAACAUUCUGCUCCAUUGGAAAGUUACAAAGGU